AUGGCGGCUGCCUUUGCCUCGCAGCCGGCCCCCGCUGAGAGCCGUCCCACCAUGGAGUCGCCCGAGGACUCGACGACAGAGGAGAACUACUUUGUGCACUACACUUUCAAGGACCGCUCGCACUCGGGCCGCGUGGCGCAGGGCAUCAUGAAGCUGUGUCUGGAAGAAGAGCUCUUCGCCGACGUCACCAUCUCGGUGGAGGGCCGCGAGUUCCAGCUCCACCGGCUGGUGCUGGCGGCCCAGAGCUGCUUCUUCAGGUCCCUUUUCACGUCGAAGCUGCGCGAAGCGGGCAACCGCGUGAUCGUGCUGCAGGACGUGAGCCAAGCCGUGUUCCAGCUGCUCGUGGGCUACAUCUACCACGGCACCGUGAAGCUGCGCGCCGACGAGCUGCAGGAGAUCUACGAGGUCUCCGACAUGUACCAGCUGCCCGCCCUGUUCCAGGAGUGCUCCCGCUUCCUGGCGCGCACCGUGCAGGCUGCCAACUGCCUGCAGGUGAUGUGGUUGGCCGACCGGCACAGCGACGCCGCGCUCUAUGCUGCCGCCAAGCACUGCGCCAAGACCCACUUGGCCCGGCUGCAGGACACCGAGGAGUUCCUGCACCUGCCCCAUCACUUACUCAGCGACAUCGUUAAAGAUGGAGUUCCGUGUUCCCAGAACCCACUGGAGGCAAUAGAAACCUGGGUGAAUUUCAACAAAGAAGAGCGAGAGAGUUUUUCAGAAUCUCUUAGGUCCAGCUUAAAGGAGAUUGGAGAGAAUGUACACAUUUACCUGAUUGGGAAGGAAUCAUCUCGUACUCAUUCCCUGGCUGUCUCCCUACGCUGUGCUGGGGAUGACUCUAUCAGUGUAAGUGGCCAAAAUAGCUUGUGCCACCAGAUCACAGCAGCCUGCAAGCAUGGUGGUGACCUGUACGUGGUAGGUGGAUCCAUCCCCCGACGUAUGUGGAAAUGUAACAAUGCAACGGUUGACUGGGAAUGGUGUGCUCCCUUGCCUAGGGACCGGCUUCAGCACACUCUGGUUUCUGUCCCUGGAAAAGAUGCUAUCUAUUCUUUAGGUGGCAAAACCCUCCAAGAUACCCUUUCAAAUGCCGUUAUCUACUAUCGGGUGGGAGACAAUGUCUGGACGGAGACUAGCCAGCUGGAGGUGGCAGUAUCAGGGGCUGCUGGGGCCAAUCUCAAUGGGAUCAUCUAUUUGUUAGGGGGUGAAGAGAAUGACCUGGAUUUCUUUACAAAACCUUCUCGGCUCAUCCAGUGCUUUGAUACGGAGACGGAGAAAUGCCAAGUGAAGCCCUAUUUGCUGCCUUUUGCAGGCCACAUGCAUGCGGCUGUACAUAAGGAUCUGGUGUUCAUUGUGGCAGAGGGGGACUCCCUAGUGUGCUAUAACCCCCUGUUGGAUAGCUUCACCCGGCUUUGCCUUCCUGAGGCCUGGAGUUCAGCUCCUUCCUUCUGGAAGAUUGCCAGUUGCAAUGGUAGUAUUUAUGUAUUCCGGGACAACUACAAAAAGGGGGAUGCCAACACCUACAAGCUUGACCCUGCCACCUCAGCUCUAACAGUCACCAGUGGCAUCAAGGUGUUGCUCACCAACCUGCAAUUUGUAUUGGCCUAAGGUCCUAAAGAAAGGAGUUGACAACUGUUCUACCCUCCUUUUUCUGUUUCUUCCCUUCUUCCUCACUCCAACCCGGGAGGCCUCAAAACCUAAUGAUUCAAGGAAUCCUGUCUCGUAAGACCAUCAUGCUACCUUCUAUUGCUCACCUUACUUGGGCAAUUUCUUCUAGCCUCUUCCCAAGCUGGAGUAAGGUUCGGCUCUCCUUGGGGCUUUUUAUACAGAGGCAUCUCAGCCUCCUACCUGGGAUUAAAUGGUAGGCUUGCUUGCUGUUGAAAAUCCCCAGGUGCAAAUCUGUGCUUGGUUUAAACACAGAAGUUGCUUGAUCUCUUUGGCACAGCCUUCCCACAAGGUGAACAAAAUUAAACAUGAGAGCUUUUCACCCUGUUGACAUAAAAGGCCCCAAACCCUUUCUUUAAAGGGAGCUGGAACAAUAGAGGAGAUGCUGUUUUCUUGUGAACUAAAGAAAACAGACUUUACAGUUUUCCUUUAGGCUCUGAUCCAUGGUUUUAGUGAGGGAAUUGGCCUCACUAUGCUUGGCUGUUCUUUAGGGACCACAAUGAGGAUCUAGAAUUCUGGAAAUUCUCUGUAGUGGCUUCUCAUUUGUUGAAAUAAAUAGCACUUAUUUCUAGGUUACCCUGUAACUAUCUUAGGGGCAAAGACUUUGUUUCUGGUUCAUAGCAGAAACUGUUUUUGCAACAUGAAAGUAGCCCCUGUUCUUGUAGAGGCUGUGAACCCAGGCAAAAGCCAGGACUGUUCUCAGUAAUAAAGGUCUUUGGUGGGACUUGUAUGUGUUUCUGUCUAACAUUGAAUGGGUCAUCUCCUAAAGCACUGUAACUAUAUGCUGAAGACUACGCUGGUGUAACAUUUUUUCUCUUUUCCAAAAUCAAGAGCUUAUUAAGAAAGGAAACUGGGCAACUAUGAAGGUCAAGAACUAAGGUUUUUCUCUUUGCCUUUCCUGGGGUUAAAAUGCUUUGCAGUGAGAAAUACUAAGAAUAAAAAUAUUAGGCCCAUGGUACCUCAAUAUAUACUUAUAAAAUUGAUUUUCUUUUGGCCCCCCCAUGUAGAAAAAGAUAAAAUCCAUUGAGAAUUGAGGCUACGCUUAGCUGUUGUAGUAUGAACAGUUUUCUGAAACUGGAGCAAAACAAGUGGACAGAAGGAAUGGUUAUAUAAUCCUUUGGCACAUUUUUGGUAUUUAUGGGUUACAGGCCCUAGGGUCCACUGAAUGCACUUCUUUAUUCUGUAAUGAGCAGCAGAGUCUUAAGAGUUCUUUCCAGUCCCCCUACUUCAUUCAUACAGUGAUUUUCAAGCCUUAGAUUUUUCUGCUUCAGCCAAGAGCUCUUUGUAGAAUUCCUUGAGGACCUCUACCUGCCUCGAUCGGACAUGGAUGUGGGAGCGGAUCUUGGCGAUAGCUUUUAUAGCCUCUUCUGGGCUACAGUUGUAUACCUGGGGUAAAAGGAAAGUGAGAAAGGUAUGAACUAAGGGAGGAAGGUCUCGGCCUAAGCCCAAAGACAAGAUGUUAUGGGGACCAGGGGAGGACUACUCUCUCAAACCAUUUCAAACAAUUUCUCUUGUGCUUCUGUCAUUCAUGUAUAUAGCAAGGCUGCUGUAUUGGACUGGAAAUGGAGAAAGCUAGGAAUCCAAUGAGAUUGUCACCUGCUAGUUCAGGUGUUUGUUCUAUGGGACCCAUAUUCUUCUGAAAUUUGAGGAUACAGAAAACGUCAUCCCCAUCCAGGGCUAAUUGUUAGCACCUAAAGAAACCUGUGUUUGGACUCACUGCCUUGAAAACAUUGUUCUCUUUCUUCUCAAAUCUGUGGCCUCCAGUAGUAUAUGACAUAGAGACACAUUCAUUCACUGAAUAACCAUUUAUUAAAUUACUUCUAUGGGCAGUGCACUAGUAGGUGCUAGGAGAGAUGCAAAGGUAUUUAAGAGAAAUCCUCAGAUUCUCUUUCUGCUGGGGGAGAAGAAACCUGAAGUCUGCUAUAAGGGGUGGGCUCUUUUCUAUCUAUGCUAGAUCUCUAACUGGUCCCAUGGACCUGGAUGGCUCCCAGUGUGGGAAGGUUGGCUAGCCCAGGUGGCUGUACUGAUGGGGUCCCUGCAAGUGUUUUGUUUUGUUUUUUAAAUAUGCACAAUCUCAUACCUUCAUCAAAUAGGCUGCCACCAUGGUGGCACUUCUGGAGCGCCCAGCCUUGCAAUGAAUAUAGACACAUUUCCCCUGUUCCGUGUAUUCUAGAGUAAAGCGUACGCCUUUCUUUAGGUUUUCCAAAGUUGGGACCCCAGUCAUAUCCACUGUGCUGAGACGCAAUUGCUCUACUCCAGUUGCUUUCCAUUCCUGAAACCAAUUCCACCAGUAGAAAAAGAAAAAGAAACAAAAUGGGCAAUGCAAGGAUGAACACAAUAGAUUAGCAACAAAUGAGAAUUACUGGUUAAUUUUAAUAUCGCCUAAGUAAAAAACCUAACAUUCCUUGUUCUGUAGAAGACAAGCCUUCUGCCUAAAUGGCUGGUCCUGUCUUAUUAAUACUUCAUGAAAGAAGAGUUGCUUUUUUAAAGUGGAAACAUUUUAAAGAUUUCAUGUAAACUUUUUAAAACGCUUCUCUUGGCUAUUUUAAAUUUUGUUACAGAAUUUUCCACUACAGAUUACCUAACAGUUGUAGAAUUGUGUGUUUCUGUCUUUGGAUUAAUUAUCCUGGCAUCUGAGUGACUACUUGGAUUUGUAGAACUAUUUCAGAUUCUCUUAGCUUAUAUGGAAGAAUUCUCCAAAGGCAGGUGAGGGUGGGAGGGAGGUGGGAGGGUGAAUAGGAUAGGGAAAGGGAGAGAGUACAUAAAUUAAUUAGGAAAAUAAAAUUUCAAAAUAAAAUCAAUGCACCAGUCUGCAUAUCACUCUUCCUUGAAAGACAGAAAAGACGCAAACAGGAAGGGCUUUUAUUGUUCUUGGCAAUUUUAUGCUUUUAAGACUUUUGACUAUAAUCAGUUAGGUACUCAGUCCUACACUGAGGAAAUGCACAUAAAGCCAUAAAUAUACGGUUAUUUUGGAGAUUGAUUUUAAAAAAAAAUUAACAUUCAUGUUAUAUAGGGUAAUCAUGUGUUUUUGUUCCAAAUCUGAACUUGGCAAACUUAAAGAGGGCAUAUAUUGUAGAAACUCUAUAUCCCUCACUUGCCCUACAGCUGACAGACCUAAUAUGUAUUUUUAAAUCUGGCAAAUGCUCUUUAAGAAGUCCAAGAAGAUUUCAGAACAUUAAAAAAUGCAUAAUCAAAAAUGUUCUUUAAAGUUACUCAGGUUAAAAAAAAUAGCUUUCUUUCCUCUAAGGCGACAGCAAGGCAGAAAGAAAAAUUUUAAGAUUGUUAAUAUGCUCAUGUUAAGCACUCUCCAAAUGGGUCACCCAACAGUGGCUGUAGAGUGUUUCUGAUUUAAAACAUGUUCUCCAAAAACCGAGAGGUAGUAGAUUGGGAUUUUAUCAACUUUUUAUUAUGAAUACAUGUUUCUAUGGUAUAGAUUUUACUAUAGUUCUUGUGGGAUCUCAAAAUUUUCUAGUAACUUGGGUUGUAGAGAUGAUAGAAACAAUCUGUAAUCUGUCUAGUAGGUAGUGAAUUUUGUUUGAGCAGCCAGCAUGGAUCUAAGUUUUGCUUAACAAAUAGUCUAGUUUACCUUUUCAUCAUUUUUUUCAUUUGUCAUAGGAUCUGAAAUAAUACAUUGUGUACAACUGGAUAAAUGUGGUCAUCCUAAACUGUAAUAAAUUUACUUUCAAAAUGUCA